AUGUCUGGAGUAAUUGCUACCAUUAAUGAGUGUUAUGAGGGGGGAAAUGCUAAGGGUGAGUCAGUAAAGACUUUAGGUCUUGUCGAUCAAAAUCUAGGGUUCACUAAUAAUCGUUUUGCGACCUUGUGUGACGACUUGAUGGCUUCUGAAGCAGAUCUUACUAAACCUAGCGGCGAGGGUGUUUCAACCGUAAAUCGCAGUGUUGGAAGUCUGAUGGUUAAUCUAUCUGGUGUGGAGGUUCACAAUCAGGAAGUGGUGGUUAACGUUGAGGCAAAUCGUUCUGGAGAAAUGGGUGUUUCGGCUUCGGUUUUGGAAAUUUUGGGAUUAAACCUAUCUAAAUCCCCAAUCAAUGUUGGGUAUGUCCCUCUAACUGCUGUAGAAGAUAGUAUUGUGGUAGAGAUGCCAGCAAGAUCUGAUCCAUUGGAGAAAUGGGAUUCAUGUCUCGUUGGUUAUUUUGUUGAUAAAGGAGUUGGGUAUAACUAUCUUCGGAAUAGUGCGUUUGGGAUGUGGAAGGCUAAGGGCCUUAAGGAAGUUCUCACAAAUGGGGAUGGCUUCAUGUUCUUCAUAUUUGAUACUCCUGAUUGCUGUAGAGACGUUUUAGAGGGAGGCCCAUGGAUUGCUAGUGCAAUUGGCAACCCUCUCUUUAUGGAUCAGCUUACGGCUCGAGGUAGUAGAGUGGCUUUUGCUAGAAUCUGUGUGGAGAUAGAGGCUACAUCAAAGAUGCUUUCUUAUUUCCAAAUUAGGUGUGGAGAUGAUGCUGUCAAAAUUAAAGUUGAAUAUCCGGGACUGCCUUCUAUCUGUCAACAUUGCCAGAUCUUUGGACACAGUACUGAGAAGUGUGUUUCCAAACUAGUGGCCCAGUUGAUCUCCUUGCAGAAGGUCACCAAAGAGAAUGUCAAUUCUCAGGAAGAAGGUUGGACCACUGUUCAAGCUAAGGGUAAGAGGAAGGUGGGGGAUCCUGAGUUUGAGACUAUACCUGAAGUGGUGGAGUCCCCUGAUCUUUCCCCAGAUGCGGAGCCUAUAUCUGCUUCAGUUGUAGUGCCUUUGGCUCCUUCAGGUCAAACUCAAGCAAUUCAGGAGGAUCCAGCCAAGAAGAGCUCCUCUGUGGAAGAAGUAAGCUCUGACAGUAGCGAUGUGGAUAGAUUUCAAAAGAACAUCUUGGAGAUUAUAGAGCUGGUUAUACCUAAUGCUGCUGAAAUGUUAGAGACAGUAAUGAAAGAGACAAAGAAGACACCUACUAAAGCUCAGGUAAACCAGUAUAUGAAGAACAAGUCCUCUGGAAAAAGUAACAGCAGCCAGAGGAAGAAGAAGAGAGGAUUGAAUAAUCCUUCUAAACAAAAAGAAGUUAAGAAUUUUGUGUCUAAAGAAAAUGUUCAUGUCAUGGGAGUUUUGGAAACUAAAAUAAAACAAACCAAUGAGAGGAAUAUUUGUGAAAAAUGUUUUGCAUAUUGUGGAGGUCUACAUCUUGGUUUGAUUCUUGGGAUAUUUGGUUCGAAGCUGGCUGCUGAAUGCGCCGCUGGUUGUUUCAUCAGGGAUAUAAGCUUCCACAGGCUAAAUCCAAAGUUCCAUGUAUUUUCUUGGGUGAUUUUCAAUGCUAUAAGAUACCAACAGGAAAAAAUUGGGGGUUCUUUUACCUGGACUUCUGAAAAUGAGGAGUUUAAUACCUAUAUUAACGCAUCUGAAUCGGCUGAUUUAUCUUAUGGUGGAUGCCAAUUCACAUGGGCUAAUAAAAGGUGUGAGGGAGCUUUUAUAGCUACCAAGAUUGACAGAGUCCUGGUUAAUGAGGCCUGGCUGGACAAGUUUCCUGAGUCUACGGCUACUUUUCUUCCAGCUGGUAUUUCCGAUCACUCCUCUGUUGUGGUCAAUAUCAGUGUCAACAGUAGCUCCUUUACGAAACCUUUCAAAUACUUUGAUUUCUGGUCUCGACACCCAGAUUUUCUUAGCACUAUUUCUAGUACUUGGGUUCAGUAUAUUCGUGGUGUCCCUAUGUUUAGGAUUUUCCAGAAGCUGAGACAACUUAAAGUCAGUCUUAAGCUUUUAAAUAAAAAAGAUUUUAGUGAUAUUUCCACUUGUGUCCUUAUCUCUAAGGCUAGUUUGGAUCUUGCUCAAAUUAAGCUUGAUAAGGAUCCUUUGAACUAUGGGCUACAAGUUGAGGAGAGAGAGGAGUUAAAAACAUACAUUGAGCUUAGUAAGUUGGAAGAGUGCCUUGCUCUUCAAAAAUCUAGAGUCCAAUGGCUUGGUCUAGGGGAUAGGAAUGGCAGUUUCUUUUUUAGGUCUGUGAAGAGCAAUAUCAAAAGAGAAAGUUGGUCUGGCUCCUUCUUGGCUGGUCUUGGGGUGUGCUUAGGCUGGGUGGCCAACUGUGUUCGUGAACUUAUCCAAUUGUGGUGUGUCUCUGCUAUGGUCAAGGGGCUCCGGAUGGGUGACAAGAGCAAUAUCAAUAAAGGUAAAAUCAGGAGUGUGGUUAUGGAGGAUGGUACUAGAUCCACCAAGAGUACUGAUAUUCAUGAUACCUUUGUCCAGUUUUAUACCAAGUUGUUUGGCACCCCUAUCUUGGGACAGUAUAACAGUCUUGAGCGCAUCCAAUCGCUGGUGAAUAAAAAAGUUUCCAAUUCUCAGUCGAUUCUUUUGGCUAAACCUAUUUCGGAUGUUGAAAUCAAGGAGGUUUUUUGGUCUCUCAAGGCCAAUAAAGCUCCUGGCCCUGAUGGGUAUUCAGCUGGUUUCUUCAAAAGCUCUUGGGAUAUUGUUGGAAAGGAGGUUACUCUUGCCAUUAAGUCAUUUUUUGACUCUGGUAAACUCCUCUCGGAGAUAAAUAGCACCAUCAUUGCUCUUAUUCCUAAAAUUCCUAAUCCUAUGAAUGUUGGUGACUAUAGACCUAUUUCUUGCUGCAACACCAUCUACAAAUGCAUUGCCAAGAUUAUAGCUAACAGAGUCAAAUUGGUGCUUCCUGAUCUGAUUGACCCUGUGCAGUCUGCUUUUGUCCAGGGUAGAAGAAUCUCGGACGACAUCUUUUUGUCCUAG